GCUAACUCCGGGGCGGCCCCCACUGCGCGGAGUGGCGCCCGCGCGCGCCUCGCAGGCCCGCGCAGUCUGCGCCCGGGUGCGGGAUGGCGGCCAGUCUGUGGAUGGGAGACCUGGAGCCCUACAUGGACGAGAACUUCAUCUCCAGAGCCUUCGCCACCAUGGGGGAGACCGUGAUGAGCGUCAAAAUUAUCCGAAACCGCCUCACAGGGAUCCCAGCUGGCUACUGCUUUGUAGAAUUUGCAGAUUUGGCCACAGCUGAGAAGUGUUUGCAUAAAAUAAAUGGGAAACCCCUUCCAGGAGCCACACCUGCAAAACGUUUUAAACUGAACUAUGCUACUUACGGGAAACAACCAGAUAAUAGCCCUGAGUACUCCCUCUUUGUUGGGGACCUGACCCCAGACGUGGAUGACGGCAUGCUGUAUGAGUUCUUCGUCAAGGUGUACCCUUCCUGCCGGGGAGGCAAGGUGGUUCUGGACCAGACAGGCGUGUCUAAGGGUUAUGGUUUUGUGAAAUUUACAGAUGAACUGGAACAGAAGAGAGCCCUGACAGAGUGCCAAGGAGCAGUAGGACUGGGGUCUAAGCCUGUGCGGCUGAGCGUGGCGAUACCUAAAGCGAGCCGUGUAAAGCCAGUGGAAUAUAGUCAGAUGUACAGUUAUAGCUACAACCAGUAUUAUCAACAGUACCAGAACUACUAUGCCCAGUGGGGCUAUGACCAGAACACAGGCAGCUACAGCUACAGUUACCCCCAGUACGGCUACACCCAGAGCACCAUGCAGACAUAUGAAGAGGUUGGAGAUGAUGCACUGGAAGACCCCACGCCACAACUGGAUGUGACAGAGGCCAACAAGGAGUUCAUGGAGCAGAGUGAGGAGCUAUAUGACGCACUGAUGGACUGUCACUGGCAGCCCCUGGACUCAGUGUCUUCAGAAAUACCAGCUGUGAUGUAGCAAAGACAAAAGCCAAAGCCACGUGGACUGUGGGAAGAUAUUUUUUUAAUGUGAAAACCUUUUCAGAAAUGAUUUGUAAAAUUUUAAUAAUUUUCCUGAUAUUUCCACAACACUUUCAUUUGAUAAGUCAUUUGAGUGGAAACCAACUGUU